UCCUUACAGUAAAGCAGUAAAAGCCCAAUAUGGCAGAAGCGGUCGGUCUUGCGCGGUAACUAAAGCAACAUUUCAACUAACACACUGUCAUAUUCAACACUAAUCAGCACAAGACCGCAGCGAUGAGGGAGAGACAGAAGAAAAAGAAGGGGAGGACAUGGGCAGAAGCUGCUAAAACGGUAUUAGAAAAGUACCCCAACACACCUAUGAGCCACAAAGAGAUCCUACAGGUGAUCCAGAGGGAGAGACUGAAAGAGAUUAGAAGUGGUACUUCCCCGCUGGCCUGUCUCAAUGCUAUGCUCCACACCAACUCUCGUGGUGAAGAAGGGAUCUUCUACAAAGUUCCUGGACGAAUGGGGGUCUACACACUGAAGAAGGACAUUGGGGACGUGGUGAAGGAGCUGUCUGAGGAGGGAUCCGAGGAGGACGAUAGUGAUAAUUUGUCUGAUUCCCAGAGCACAGAGAACAACAAUUAUACUAACAACCAGGAGGGCAUGAGGGGACAGUGGAGGAGGAGAGCUCCAUCAAAGCAAAUGCUAUCAAAAGACCCCAAAAGACCCAAGUCCAAGGAUAACAGCUACGUGCCCUCCACGCUGCCAUCUGAUCCGUCGUCUCCUCAGCCACGUUGUUCAUCUCCCUCUGUCCCCAGUAGCAAGCUCAUCUCUCCCUCACAGAAACACAGCAAGAAGGCUCUCAAACAGGCGCUGAAGCAGCAGAGGAACCAGCGGAGACAGGGGGGCAUGCCCACCACCUCCAGCCCAAGGCUGCUCAUCAAGAACGUGAAGGACAUGGCUGACACCAUUGCCACUAAGACCGACUCCUGUCCUGCUUCUGGUACCAGGAAGAUGUCUCAGAGGUCCAGUCGACUCAGUGCACGGCAACUGAAGCGUACCAAGUGUGCAGAGAUAGAUGUUGAGACACCAGACUCUAUCCUGGUUAACACCAACCUGCGUGCCCUGAUCAACAAACACACCUUUUCUGUCCUGCCCACAGAGUGCCAACAGAAGCUACUCACACUACUGCCUGAGGUCGACCAACAGGCCUGUAUGGAUGGUCUGUUAAAGGUCACCAGUUCUGCCUUGAACAAUGAGUUUUUCACAUCAGCAGCUCAGUCCUGGAAGGAACGACUGGCAGAAGGUGAGUUCACUCCAGAGUUGCAGCUGAGAAUGCGUCAGGAGAUUGAGAAGGAGAAGAAGGUGGAGUAUUGGAAGGAAAGUUUCUUUGAGAGCUACUAUGGUGAAAACUCUGGACUCAGCUUAGAGGAAUCCAAAGAGCUGCUUGAGUCUGGUCUCAGUCUGGAGCCUCCAGCCACCAAACCCCAGUUGUCUCCUCCAACACAGCCAAGUCCUGCUGGCCAAGCACUGCAAGAUCCCAAGGUCCCUGAGAACAGCUGCCAUACUCGUUCGUCAGAGAGGAGGCUCCGAUCAUCAUCACUGCCUAUAAACCCUACAUCUAAACCCAUAGAACCUCCAUCUAAACCCAUAGAACCUCCAUCUAAACCCAUAGAACCUCCAUCUAAACCCAUAGAGCUUUCCAAGCCAAGACCGGAACCAGAGCCUGUUCACGAUGAACCAGUACCAGUCCCACCCAUAGUCCCACCAGUUAUAUUACCGAAAAAUGUACAGAAGACACUGGAGGUUGAGUACCCCAGACACAGGACUCGUAGCAGAGGUUUAUCCCUGCCUAUAAUGGCAGUGGAGGCACCUGUUGUGCGGAGGCAGGAUGUGGUGGACUCAACCUUAAUGGUUACUCCACUUGGGGAGAAGCAGAUGGAGGAAGAGGAACAGAAGCUGAAAGAAGCUCAGCCGGAGACCCCCCAGUCCCCUGAGAUCCCACAGUCCCCUGCCCUGGAGAGUCCUCCAGAGGUCUGCUCCCAGACGAAGCUCAGAUCAUCACUGCCGUCCGACCUUUCAAAGCCAGAGCCUCUGGGCUUGGACGAGCACAGUGGGGAGAGGAGGGAAGAUGUUGCACCAGAGAGAGGCGCCUCGGUGUCAGUCACCCCCGUAUCCACCCCCGUAUCCACCCCUCUAUCCACCCCCGUAUCCACUCCUCUAUCCACCCCUCUAUCUACUCCCGUAUCCACCCCUCUAUCUACUCCUGUAUCCACCCCUGUAUCUACCCCCAUAUCCACCACCCCAUCCCCAGAGCCGUUGAAAAGGAAGUCCUCAUCCAGUGAACAGGAAGUAGAGCUGACUCCAGAGAAGAGGGCCCGCAUCACUCCACCGACAGUAUCUGUGGUAACCUCUCCAGCAGCCACCAUAACAACAGCUCAGAGAGUGCCUCCGCUUAAGAUUCCUGUGUCACGAAUCCUAUCAGUCCCUGCAUCUCCAACCCAGGUGUCCCCCAGGACCCCUGUCCCGCUCAGCCCUGGCCCCAGCCCCGGACGCACUGGUGCUCGCACUCUGGCUGACAUCAAGGCUAAAGCCCAGCUAGCCCGGGCCCAGCGUGCAGCAGCAGCUGCUGCAGCCAGCUCCUCCUCUAAAGGUGCAGUACCAGGCCCAGGACCAGGAGGAGGCAUUGUAGAGCAUAGAGCUUCAGCCCAGACCCUCCACUCCAGGCCCCCCUGCUCCACCCAGUCUCAGUCAACCACCAGGCUGCCAGUAAGUAGCAUCACUGGUCAAUCUACCUGUCAAUCACCUGAUGCAGUCACCACACCAGCCCACUCCAGUUCGGUCCAAUCAUCAGGCUCCUCUGUGCCCUUUGACCUUAGCCUGUCUCAAAGAAGCUCCAACACCGGUAGAGCGUCUCUCACUUGUGACCAACAGAGAGGCUACUCCGAUGGUCUGAUGAACCCAGGUUCUCUGAUGGGACCUCAACAUGGGAACAUUCAACAUACAUCAUACCCACCAGGUCCCCAGUCAACCUCUAGCUACACUUCAUCUGUGUGUGGUGUGAAGAGCCAGUAUGUAUCUGGAAGCUCCAUGGCAGCCAGGGCUAGCCACUUUAUCCCAGCCAACAACCCUCUGGUCACAUCUCUCCUCCAGGGGAAAGAGGUCCCUCUGGAACAGAUCCUCCCCAAGCCUCUGGCCAAGGCCGAUGUCCAGAUGUCCCAGGCCAAAACCUCCCAUGAUGACAAAGGGACGAUAAAGUCCCACAGCACUGCUGGAACAGCCAGUAGUGAGAAUAAGAGCCAAUACCUACACGCUGGUGGUGUGGAGGACAACAGUAGAUCUGAACAGCAAGAAUCCAUAGGCCAGUCCACUUCCACCAUACCUGGAACAAGAGCAGGUAUGUUGGCAGAGCUCCAACACCAUCAAAGGGAAACACCUAACAAAGACAUCCAGGAACAGAUCCUUCAGGCUCUGAUGCACAGGGCCACCCACCAGCACCAGAAUCAGCCAUUUGGGGUCUCAGGUGGAGCUCAGCCUGCCCAGUUCGGAGCUUGUAAUCUGGGGCACCAGGAGUGUGGGGACCGUCCCCGGUUCUCCGCGGGGUUCCCUGGACGGAAGAGGAUGUCCAGGCCUGCCAUGUCAGGGCACUACCUCCUCAAUGUCUCCACGUACGGACGAGGCUCAGAGAGCAGUAAACGCUUCCACCCAUUGACCACCGUUAACACCUCACUGACCCCACUGGCCAAUCUGAAGAGAGAGCACAUCGGGGGGGAGAGGCUGGCUAACGAAGGGGAGGAGUCAGUGGAGAAUAAGUCUCAUUCUCAUUCUAACCCUGCUGGAGUCAAGAUGGAAGAGCAGGGCUUCUCAGUCACAAAAAUGGAUGAAGCUCUGGGCUUUCAACACUGCUCCAGAAUAAUGUCUGAGUCUCCAUCAGUGGGGGGCUGUAUACCAGAGCAGGAGGACAACAGCUCAGCCGGUACAGAUAGAGACAGUGGCACUUCUGCAAGAGCCAAAGAAACCAAACCUUUCACCCAAUCACAAUCACAGCACAGGAGGCACCCGGAACUCUGCAAUACUAAACAGGGUGGUCAUUCCGAGCAAUAUCGUUUAUCUGUAUCUCCCCACGUGGGGACCAUGGACCCCACUCACCCCAGUACUCACCAGCGUCCAUCUGCCUUUCAAACUCAGAGACCUCCAAUCGAUAAUCAGGAAUCCGUUUUGGGUUCCUGCUACGGUGGCACCAUCAGCAUGUCUGUACCUCACGCUCUGAAUCACAAUGCUGCUGCUUCAGGCACCGCUUCUAGCUCCUCCCCCUCUGUGUCAGGUAGUGGUGGGGACAGCGGCAGUGGCACCGGCAGUGUCAUGUCUUUCUCAGUGACCGUCACCACCAUACCUGCCGGUCACCCGUUGGACCACAGCAGCCAGGGGGAGGGGUCUCCAGAGCAGGGGUUUAUGGAGGGAACUGGUAUAGAGGACGUUCAGUCUAAAUGCUACUGCCGACUCAAGGCUAUGAUCAUGUGUAAAGGGUGUGGGGCCUUCUGCCAUGACGAUUGCAUUGGCCCUUCGAACCUCUGUGUCUCGUGUCUAGUGGUACGAUAAAACUACUAAUAAUGUAGUGCUGAGCGAAUAACUAUUAUUUUUCGUCGGUUCAAUUAUUUGAAUUGCAUUUCUGUUAGCUCUAUGCAGUUUCUGUAGAGUUACAUCAGAUCAAGCCUGAAACUGUGUGAUGUAGUAGGGAGUUGUAGUUCCUAACAGGACAAUGUUCUACAUAGUUUAACGCCGAAAACGUGCUAAUAACUACGUACGGUCUGUGUGGAGCAAGACACGGGGAGGAGAGAGAGCGUGCGAUCGAGAGAGAUCGAAGGCAGUCGCUUCGCGAGCAUGAAAAUACAUGAUCGAAGUGUUUGAUAGUUGGUAUUUAGCGGUCAUAAAAGUAUGCCUUAUUUACUUUGAAGAACUACUAAAUAGUGAUUUUUGUUGUACAGCAUAGGCAGCAGCUCUAUAUGAGAUGAUGACUCGGAAUGAAGUAAAAAAAUAUAUUAAAAAAUCAUCAAAUAAAACAAAUAUUUUAUUAAAGUAAUGUGAAUAAAUGAUGGUUAAUAAGUGAUACGCAACAAUGGCCAGUCAUUACCAUCAUGUGACUUUUAUUAAUUGUUUUAUUCUGUGUUACAGCAUUCAACCCACAUAAUGUAUAGUGCAUUUAAUGUUUAAAAAGAUCAUCAAAAUUGAAAAAUGGAAUAAUUUUUUUUACAUAAUGAACCAAAACCAAACCGACUUCAAAAAUCACUAAUCGCUCAGCACUACAUAAAUGUAGACAUGAUCUGUUUCAAUUCUUUAUUAUUGCACCAAGGAACAAAUCAGCAUCAAGUCAUCUACCAUCAUCAACAAGUAGCGGUUACGAGCAAGGUCAGUUCCAUUUAAAUUCUGGAAGUAAACUGAUUCAAAUGUUUAUAUUUCAAUUCCGAAUCUAAUUUGAAAAGAAAGACAAAUUGGACUGUAAGUGUAUUUCCUGAAUUGACUGAAUUGAAGUGGAAUUGACCCUAACCCUGGUUACCAGGGUAAAAUGCACAGUGGCCAUACUCAACCCAGCACAUGGUUUUCAGUGGGGUGGCAAAUCAUUUAUACUGGACGACACAAGAGGUUGGUGGCUCCUUAAAUGGAGAGGACAUGCUUAGCGAAACUAUGUGGAAUGGUAUCAAAUACAUCCAUUUGCUCUGUUUCGGCCAUUAUUAUGAGCUGUCCUCUUCUCCGCAACCUCCACUUUCAUCUAUUCCAUCUGAAAAAGAGUUUGUUUUGUACAAUUCACCGAUCAGUUCAAAUCAAAUCUUAACCGUUUAGACUUGAGACAAAAGUUGAAUCUUGGCAAUAUUUUGCACUUGGACAUGUUAUUGUGCUAUAUUUUUGUAAAGAUAGUUUAGAUUUUAAAAAAGUAAGGAAAAAAAUGAAUGUUGCUAUUUUUGUAGAACGUAAUAACAAUGUUAUGUUAAAGACUGCCACUCUUCAUUCAGGAGUUUAAGUUAUGAUGUUUUAAAAGGUGAAGAAGGGAGUUACAUUCAUAUGAAUCUACCCCUUGGGGAUUGUGUGUAGGUGGGGGAGUACAAAUACUGAUUUAUAUAGAUUUUAAAGGUCGCAAUCAAUCAUUUAUAUAUAUAUACAGUACUAAAAACAAAGUUACAGAUCUGUCAAAAGAAAAUAGAUAUUUCAAAUUAUUUAGAUUAUAAAACAUUAUUUCUACUAACGGGCGACUGACACUGAGACUGUAUAGUACAUGUUGUGUACAGCGUUUGUACUCUAACAUGGUGAUGAAAAGUAAAAAGCACUUCGCAAAUAAAUUGAUAAAUAGUGCCCUUCAAGGAGCAAGCUGAGUAUAGUCUGAUUCCAGAUCUGUUUGUGUUGUUUUAUGGCAAUGACCAUAGGAGUUAGCAAUACACCACAAACGUUUCUGGAACCAGGCUACAAACUUGAGGCCAUCUCAGAUCAUCGUGUGAAGUUUACCGACUCCAUGAACUCCUAAAACCUCGACUUGUAGAUUUUCUGUCUCAUGACGCAUUUGUUUUCAUAUAUGUUUGUUUGUGUAAAACAGAGUAACUAUUAGCAGUGAUGUACAUUUAAAACACUCAGAGAAAGAAAGGAGAAAAAUGAAGAUUUCAGUUCUUGUAUUAUUCUUUUGCUUUGUAAAUAUUGGCUUUCGUUGAGCUAGAUUUAGAAAUUAAUUUAGCUUUAUGUUCCUUGCUUAAGCAUAUCCAAAAUAUAUUGUUUUUUUUAGUGCAAAAGAGUUUAUAUCUCUAAAAGAAACUACACAAAAAUGUGUAUUUUAACGCUAAAUGCUGUGCUAUCAUGAAACCAUUCAAAGUUGUAUAGGCUCCAGGUACAGUAUUCAGGUUGAAGGGCGGUAGAGAUACAAUUUACUAGCUACAUAUAAAACAAAGGAACAUCAUAUGGGUAUACAUGGUGAUUGCAAUUCUAAAAGCAAAAUGUAUCAAUCAUAUUUUUGAAAUGAUCUGACUAAAACUGAAGAUAGUUGCUGUGUAACGGUAUAUUUUAUAGAAAUCAUUUCCAUGGUAAGAUGCCAAAGUCACCUUAUGAAAACAAAAUGAUCAGAUCUCGUUUUUAAAUGUCUGACUAGUUAAAGUAAUAUAUUUUAAUAUAAAAAAAUCUAUUUACAAAUCAUUUUGAAAAACAACAGGGUAUUUACUAGAAUGAUACACAUUACACCGGCCAGUUUUUUUUUAGGUACACCCAUCUAGUACCGGGUCAGACCUACCCUUUGCCUCCAGAACAGCCUGAAUUGUUCAGGGCAUGGAUUCUACAAGUCGGAAACGUUUCACAGGGAUGUUGGUCCAUGCUGACGUGAUGGCGUCACGCAGUUGCUGCAGAUUGGACUGCGGUACCCCGCCGUCAACAGCCUGUACCGUUGACACCAGGCAGGAUGGGACCACGGACUCAUGUUGCUUACGGCAAAUCCUGACUCUGCCAUCAGCAUGACGCAACAGGAACCAGGAUUUGUCAGACCAGGCUAUGUUUUUGCACUCCUCAAUUAUCCAGUGUUGGUGAUCCCACUAGAGCCACUUCUUGUUUUUAGCUAAUAGGAAUGGAACCCGGUGUGGUCGUUUACUGCAAUAGCAGUGAGUUGUGUGUUCCGAAAUUCUGUUCUGCAUACCCCUGUUGUUCUGCGCCUUUUAUUCAUAUGUUUGUGGCCUGCCUGUUAGCUGGCACGCUUCUUGCUAUUCUCCUUCGACCUCUCUAAUCAAUGAGCUGUUUUCACCCACAGGACUGUUUCAACAUUCUCGGUAAACCCUAAACACUCUCGUGCGUGAAAAGCCCAGGAGGGUGUCCGUUUCUCAGAUACUGGAUCAGGUGUGCCUGGCACGACGAUCAUACCACACUCAAAAGUUUCUUAGGUCACUAGUUUUGCCCAUUCUAACGUUCAAUCGAACAGUAACUGAAUGCCUGUCUACCUGCUUUAUAUAGCAAACCACGGCCACGUGACUCACUGUCUGUAGGAGCGAUCCAUUUUCGUGAAUGGGGUGGUAUACCUAAUUGACUGGCCGGUGAGUGUAUAUUGGCUGUCCCUUUUUCUUAUGUUUUUGUGUGAAAGCGUGGACAGACCACAACAUAACUUUUGUAGCAAAAAAAAAACAUCCCCAAGUUUUCUGAUUCUAUAUGACCCAUGUAUUUUUAUGGAAAUCUACAUGUCCUUUUCCACUGAAGUCCUGCCUGGAAUAUUGUAACCAUCUGAACUGUAUGCUCUUGUAACGACUUUGGUUAAUAAGAUAUGGGGCAUUGUUUUGUCUUACACAUAUUUUCAGCAUUAUGUGCUUAUUUGGGGGAAAAUGAAUACAAUUUCAUGGCACCAUUUUGUAAGUGGUCUGUGGAUUGUGUGUGUGUGUGUGUGUGUGUGUGUGUGUGUGUGUGUGUGUGUGUGUGUGUGUGUGUGUGUGUGUGUGU